AUGGCGCAUUUCAGCUCGAUGCCUAAGUCUGAGAUUGAUUGUGAUAAUCUUUAUGGAAACCAUUACAUACGCGAGCAUAUGCAAAUGAAGGAAGAAAUAGAUGCGGAUCAGCUUAAGCAGAAUAUAGCUAAAUUGAAUGAGGAGCAGCUUUCGGCAUUCAAGGAAGUGACAGAUUCCGUGGAGCAAAGAGACGGGUCUAAAUUCUUUAUGAAUGGUAGUGCAGGGACAGGAAAGACAUUUAUCUACAACGCCAUUGCUGCGAGCUGCCGUUUGAAGGGAGACAUUGUUUUGACUGUUGCAUCGUCCGGAAUAGCUUCCUUGCUUUUGGAAGGAGGUCGUACUGCACAUUCAACAUUCAGAAUUCCUAUAGAUAUAACAAUCACCAGUGUUUGUUCAAUAGCUAAACAAAAGGAAGAAGCUGAAUUUAUAAAACAGGCGACUUUGAUUAUAUGGGAUGAGGUGCCGAUGCAGCAUAGGCAUUGUGUUGAGGAGAUUCAGUUAAUUGGUGAUGGUACCUCAGUGGACAAAGUUGAUCUGCCAUCGGAUGUGAACGUAUGUAAAAACAUAAGAGAGCUAAUAACAAAGCUCUAUCCUUGCCUCACAAAAACACAAAUCUGGAGAGGGGAUGAGGCAUGUUACGAACAAGUUUCGAAGGAGGAACUAACUAACGGAAUGAUUCUCACGGCACGCAAUGAUGAUGUUAAUGAGAUUAAUGUGGAGGCACUAAAUUUUUUGGAUGGAGAUACACACACAUAUCUAGCAGCUGAUAGGUUGACUCCCGACGAAAGUGGUAGGAUACCACCAAUAAGCAAUGAAUUUCUGCAAAAUUUAAACCCUCCAGGAAUGCCUUUAUUCAAACUACAACUCAAAGUUGGAUAUCCGAUAACUUUGAUGAGAAAUCUCGCUCCCUCGGAGGGACUUUGCAAUGGAACAAGGUUGUUAGUGACACACUGCGGGAAGUAUCUUAUACAAGCAAAAAUUCUGACGGGAAAGAAGAGCAAGAUCGGAGAAGAAGUGAUGUUGCCUAGGAUAUCAUUCCAGCCCAAUAUUUUAGAGUUGAACAUAAAUAUGCUGAGACGCCAGUUUCCAAUUCGGUUGGCGUAUGCAAUGACGAUCAACAAAUCUCAAGGACAAUCCGUGCAACACGUUGGCAUUGACUUGAAGACACCUGUGUUUUGUCACGGCCAACUCUACGUUGCUUUGUCAAGGUGCACCGCUGCAAGACGAAUAACUGUGCUAUCUGAAGAUACAUCAAACCACUUAAAGGCAACUAAUGUCGUCUUCCAGGAUGUUUUGUUGUGA